GCAAGAAGAAUACCUAAGCCCAAAGACGGUUUUAGAUAUGGCAUACAGAGUUUUCUGGGACUUGGAUACCUAAAUUGAUUAGUGAAAUCUCAUUCGCGCUAUUUUCGAGAUUUAACUAAAACGUGUCUGACUUACUAAUUAUCCUUGUGUCGUUACUUGAAUCCCCACCAACGGUCAAGUCAUGCCCGAAUCGUGCGAACAAAUAGGGCGCCACACAGUUGUCCGUUCACGGAAAUCAACGUAAAGUUGAUGCUGAUUGACUUUCGCGUCAAACUUCUUUAUACACACCGCCGUGACAAGGGACGACGACAAUGGACUGAAGUUUUUUUGUGAGAAAGAGACAGAAGGUCGAACUACAAACCGCUAAAGCAGUGACAAGCAGGCGGUUGUUUGAGGAGUCAAUCAGUCAGAAAAACACACUUCCCUCGAGGACCAUGACGGCAAAAGAUACCGUUGUUUUCGCUUCUUCCGGCAGUGGCGUAGGGAGCCCGCAUGGGAAUGCAAGUAUCUCUCUACUAAACCAUGACGUUCGUUUCCAACAUCUUACUCCAACCAUGGAGGUAUUAGACGAAGAGAUUGUUGCUCCCAGCUCAAGUGAGGAUGGUUCCGAGCCUCAAGCCAAAAGUAUGAAAUCUCUCCUCCUUUUGACUCAGAUCGCUGCGGCGGAAGAUCUCCAUAUAACAAAGGACCAGCCUUACAGCUGCUCUCAUCAGAAAUCUUUGCAACUUCGACAGCAGCUCGAUGAACUACAACGAACCAGCCAUCCCUAUACGGCCAGGCAAAUCACUGGGCUAGCCGAUGCUAUACAAGAGCUGCAAUCUCGGGCUAUCCUGCUUCAAGUAGAAAACGACGCACAGUCACAGGACAUCCAGCAGUUGUACAGCAAGUUAAAAGAGACACACAAAGAAAAUAACAAACUUGAAAAGUCCUUGGCGCGAAUGACUCGAAAAUACCAGAAAUUGCUCGACAAAUCGGAACGUCAGCGACGCGAGCGCAAAACUUUGAUUCAACAUGUCAAGUCUCUAUUGCAAAAAGGUAAAACCGACGAAGUGUCUCGACGUGAUUUGGAAGAAGCCAAUCAAGUGUACAAAAUAUACACCCACGAGCAGUUCCUGGCGCAAAGCGUUCGAGAGCGAACGACCUCUACCGAUAGCAAUUUUUCCGACGCCGAUGCCUUGGACUUUGGCGAAGAUGGACAAGGUGAUGAUUCGGCAAGCAGCAAAUCCUCGAACAUAUCUCUGGUAACAAGUGAAUGCGUCGCAACUGUGCGUUUGGCGGCGGCUGCAAAGCCCCAGCUUUUGUCUCCGCUUAGCAAUACAGAAGGUCAUGAAACGUGGACAACGUCCAGCGAGACCAGUGGGUCUGGUACCAUAACGACCAUUGCUACCCCCAACAACGCAGACGACUCUUCCAGACUUUGUGAAUACUCCUUGCGAUUUAUAAAUGGAGCAAAAACAGGGCUUAUGAUCCACGAAAUUGCACUAAAUCAGCAGAGCAUUGACGAAAUAAGCUCGCCCUCGGCACUACUGAGCUCCGCGAUGCUUGAGGAGAAUGAAGUCGGAGACUGCGUCCCUCUGCAAGGUACUACACCACAUAAAAAUGCAUUUUCCAUGAGUUUUGGCUUUGAAUCUUUUCUUCAUCGAAAUAAAGCCGAAGAUAAGGAUAUACAGGAUAUCGAAAGCCGUGCAUUCUUGGUUUCCGGAUAUACAGAGGACUUCGAUAGCGAAGCCAACACAAAACCUCCUGUCGGAGCUCGAUUGAUUGCCAUAGACAACAAACCAGUACACGAUACAUGGACUUUGACAGACGUUUAUGAAAAACUACGUGCCACUUGCGGUGAUGACGUCAAUGACAGGCACAGCGAUACACUAACAUUAAGCUUUCGCAACGACACACUCUCAACGAAGUGCAAGGAAGCCUUGAAGCAGCAGAUAGAAGCAGAAUCAAACGAAGUUGCCUCGGAGAUGCUUAUAUGCACGUCCAAGGAGAAAUUUUACGAAAAGGCAAGUCCCUUCAGUUUUGGUUUUUUGAAGCCCAGUUCCAGCACUCGCAAGCAUUUGAAAGAGAUUGAGCCGGCAAGAGAGGAUGCGGAGAAUUCAUCCGCAGAACAAGACACGUCGAAGGCUAAGAAGCAAAGUGUGAUCGAGACCGAACCCAAGGAGUCUCUAGACGAGUUCGAGCUGGGAAAAUCCUCGGGAAUUAAUUUUGGUUUCUUGAUGGCCAAAGCCGCCAGCCCAAAAGUUUUCACGACCCAGGAUGAUCAAGUUGCGUCCUGCCCUGCCAGCGCUUCUAGCGAAUCCAAUUGUCCGCAAAGUAUUAAGGACUCAGCUCGAAAGUAUCAGUUCUGGAAACUUGCAAAGGAGACUGGGCCGCCGUGUGACAAGACACUCAGCACGUUGGAGAGCACAACGGAGCAAUGUGCUACCGAGAAGAAAUCUCAUAGUACCACGAAUUCAUUUCAACUGAAUUUCUGGGGUAGAUCCCAAUCUACUCCACACAAACACAACGCGAGCGAACAACUCUGCCCUUCCCCAAACGCGCAAAUAAAAACGUCGGUAAACAGCUUGAGUGCACGAGCCAGUAGUCGUGCCGAUGACCAGACUGGGGAUCCUUGCUCUGACCAAGACUAGCCCAUCAGUCAUCAUACUAGCUAUCACCUUCGCAAAAUCAAUUACAUGCGGCAAAAAGAUAAAACCAAUUUAUGGUUUUGG